GCUCUACUAUUUGAUUUAUGUAGUGUUUACCCAAGCUCACAACAUGUCUCUUCAGAUUAACAUAUCCGCCUGUGUUGCUUAGAACACCGGUUUAGUAGACCUGGCUUUUCGACAGACUAUUCGUGCCCGGAGAAUUCAGCGGAUCACACUCCAAAGCACCGAUGUGAAAGACGACUUUCCAUCCUGUAGUACUUGCCAACGUUUUCGAGACCUUGGUGGACUCCAAGACCGCCGAAGAAGUGGAAGACCUCGUACUGCUCGCACGCCGAAGGUCGUCGAGGCCGUCAGAAAGGAGAUAGCAAGAAACGCGACUCGGAGCAUCUCGACGAUGGCUCGUGACAUGGGGAUCUCGCGGAAGUCAGUAGAAAGGCGAUCAUCUACGUACUCUCGGUGUAAUCUGACCUCAAUACCGGUGCUGCAGGCUGUGUCAGCCCUGAAUGGGGUCGACGUAGCCGUCCAGACGCUAACGCAGAACACCGGUUUAGUAGACCUGGCUUUUCGACGGACUAUUCAUGCCCGGAGAAUUCAGCGGAUCACACUCCAAAGCACCGAUGUGAAAGACGACUUUCCAUCCUGUAGUACUUGCCAACGUUUUCGAAACCUUGGUGGACUCCAAGACCGCCGAAGAAGUGGAAGACCUCGUACUGCUCGCACGCCGGAGGUCGUCGAGGCCGUCAGAAAGGAGAUAGCAAGAAACGCGACUCGGAGCAUCUCGACGAUGGCUCGUGACAUGGGGAUCUCGCGGAAGUCAGUAGAAAGGCGUGCUGGCCGUGCUGGGGAGGCUGCUAUCCUCAGCGCCUCUAAUCAGGAGGCGCGAGUCAAGAAGUGCCGACAGCUUUUGCUUCGGACGCGCAACAAGGGCCAGCAUUUGAGCGUCUUUUCGGAUGAGAAGCUCUUUACUGUCGAGCAGCAAGUCAACGCUCAGAACGUCGGAGUGAUCGCAAGGAAUGCCGAGAAAGCCAACAAGGAAAGAAAUCGUUCAUCGGGCCGCUCACUCUGCCCAAGUCAUGGUUUGGGCAGGGAUUGUGCCUCGGGGAAGGCGCCGUUAAUAUUCGUCGUCCCGGGCGUCAAAAUCGACAAAGAUUCCUACCUGAAGACGAUUUUGGAAGAUGCUCUACUCCGUUGGCGAAUUCCCACUUCAAUGGCCGCCCGUGGACAUUCCAGCAAGAUUCGGCGCCCGCAUACAAGGCCAAGGUCGUCCAAGCGUGGUGCAAGAGCGAACUCCCUGACUUCAUCUCGGCAGAAGAAUGGCCGGCAUCGUCAUUGGGUUUGA